AAUUAAUCACGCUCCUCUCGCAGAUCACAAUGUCAGGAACAAGCCCCCAUCUCUACACAUUCGACAACACUGAAGACCUGGCCCAGCGUCUCCGGACAUACGUCCUCCACUCCCAAAAUGCAGCCCUAAAGAGAUACGAUGUCUUCCGUGUGGCCGUCUCCGGUGGCUCUCUCCCGACCAUCCUAGCCAAAGCCUUCGUCGGUCAGCAGCCCUCCUCCGCCACCGAAGCGGGAGGAGACGACGAGAAUACUCUCAAACUCUCCCACUGGGACAUCUUCUUCGCCGACGAGCGCGUCGUCCCCCUCGACCACCCAGAUAGCAACUACAACCUCGUCAAGACCGAAUUCGUCGACAAGCUCUCCCCUACCUUCGGGCAGCCCAAGAUCCACCCCAUCGAUACCACCAACCUCAGCAACGACACUGACCCCCAAGACAUCGCCGACCUCUACCAGGAAGAGCUCAUGCACUCCUUUGCCGCAAAGGACAGCGUCAAACUGCCCGUGUUCGAUCUCAUCCUGCUCGGCUGCGGCCCUGACGGGCACACCUGCAGCUUAUUCCCGGGCCACGAGCUCCUCAAAGAAUCAGAUUCGUGGGUCGCCGCCAUUUCUGACUCGCCAAAGCCGCCGCCGAAGCGCAUCACCCUUACUCUCCCGGUCGUUACGCACGGGUUGAGAAUCGCCUUUGUGGCCACCGGCGAGGGCAAGAAGGAGGUCAUGAAGCAGAUUUUCGAUACCGAGGAAGGCAAGCAGUUACCCUGUGGCAUGGUCAACGAGAAGGCCGGAGACAGAGUGAGCUGGUUCACGGAUGGGAAAGCUACAGAAGGUGUGGCGUUCCCGAGAAAAGGCAAUCUAUAACUAAAAGUUUUCUCCUUUUCGCUUCCGGUUUUGUAGACUGAAUCGUUGUUCCUUGACUUUUGUGAAGAGUGUCCCUCUUUUAAUCCGUGGCGAGUUUCCUACUCAUCCACGACCUUUUCGUUAUCUUCUUUUGUUAUUAACCACACGCCGAAGAGCAGACUGGCAGCACGGUAGUCACAAUUUUGCUUUCAAAUUGUAGAAAUUACCCCCUUAUGUUUGUUGAUUCAAUCGAGUCGGGCUACUUUCUUUUCUCUUCAUUGUCGCAAAAGUACGAUGCAAUACACACCUUUCGAGUAAUAGCUAACAGCCGAAGCUGG